GGCCUUCUUGUGGCCACCUCUUUCUCUCUCAAUAAUAAAAUAUUCAGAAAAGGAAAACUCAAACCUUACCAUUUAUAUAUCUCUCUUUCCUCAAAUUCUCGGAAUCUCUGAUCGUGAGGAAAGGAGGAAAACAAAAUCUCGGCUUUUUUGCAGAUCUGCUCCGAUCUCCAUUUCAAGAAAGAAUCAUAUUUUGAGGUCAUUUUAUAUGUACAAAAAUGGUGACCACCAGAUACCAAAGAAUAGAUGGUAGGAGAUCGUCGCCAUCAUAUUGUUCAACAGUAACCCUUGUUGUGUUCGUGGCGCUCUGCUUGGUUGGGGUAUGGAUGAUGACAUCAUCAGCCAUUGUUCCCGUUCAAAAUGUGGAGAUACCUCCAGAGGAGACCCAAACUGAUGUGAAUGCACAAGUGGCGGUCGAGAGCAUACCUCAGGGUGUUGAGGGUGGUUUGGGAGAUGCGUCUCAAGAUGUGAAGGGAGGAGAUGCUGCUACUGACACUGUCAUUCAUCAGGAUGAAACCAAUUUCGAAGUAAAUCAAAACCAAAAUCUAAAUGAGAAAGCGAAUGAAAAUACAGGCGAGGAAAUCAAGGAAGAGAACAUCAGGAAGGAGGGCGAAGAUACAAAGAAUGGGUCAGAUGAUACACCUAUAGUGGAAACAAGAAAUGAUGGGGAUGGUAGGAAUGACAAUGGAGAAUCUAAUACGGAAGGUGGAGGGGUCAAUUCUGAAGGCAAAGAAGCAAAUACAGAAGGUGGAGAGGUAAAUUCAGAAGGCAAAGUAACAAAUACAGAAGCUGGAGAGAGGAGUUCUGAAGGCAAAGAAAGAAGUAUAGAAGGCGGAGAGGUGAAUUCAGAAGGCAAAGGAACCAAUACAGAAGGCAAAGAGGUGAGUUCGGAAGGUAAAGAAACAAAUACAGAAGGUGUAGAGGUGAAUUCGGAAGGCACAAAAACAGGUACAGAAGUUGGAGAGGUGAAUUCAGAAGGCAAAGGGACCAAUACAGAAGACAGAGGGGUGAGUUCGGAAGGUAAAGAUACAAAUACCGAAAGUGUAGAGGUGAAUUCGGAAGGCACAAAAACAAGUACAGAAAUUGGAGAGGUGAAUUCAGAAGGCAAAGAAACAAAUAUGGGAGGUGCAGAAACAAAUGAGAAUGGACAGGCUGAAAGUCAGGAAGAGAAAUCUGAAGGUGAAAAGAAAUUUGGAGAAAACAAUGAUGGUGGACUGCAUGAUGGUCAGGAAAAGGAAUCUCAGGGUGAGAAGAAAUCAGAAUUGGAGGAGAGCUCAGGCAAAAAAGUGCAAGGUCAAAUAGAGGAGGUGGAACAAAAUCAAGGGAAAGAAGAACAAAAUUAUGGUGAUAGCAAGUCAGGCAACCAGUCGACGGUUGAGGUGUUUCCUGAUGCGUCCCAGUCUGAGCUUUUGAAUGAGACUAAUACUCAAAACAGUGCAUUCUCGACACAAGCUGUACAGUCAGAGAAAGAAAAGGAAGUACAGGAGUCUUCUUCAUCCGAGGGCCAAACCAUAAAUGAGAAAUCUGCAGCCAAAGGGGAUGACUAUGGGUAUAGAUGGAAACUUUGUAAUGUCACUACUGGGGCAGAUUACAUCCCCUGCCUUGACAAUGAGAAAGCUAUCAAAAUGCUCCGGAGUACUAAGCACUAUGAACAUCGAGAGAGGCACUGCCCAGAAGAAGCCCCAACCUGCCUUGUUCCCCUUCCUGAAGGAUACCGACAGCCAAUUCUGUGGCCCAGCAGCAGAGAUAAGAUAUGGUACUUCAAUGUUCCUCACACCCAGCUGGCAGCGAUAAAGGGGCACCAAAAUUGGGUGAAAGUUAGCGGGGAGUUCCUCACCUUUCCUGGUGGUGGAACUCAGUUUAAGCAUGGUGCUACACGUUAUAUUGAUUUCAUCCAGGAGACUAUGCCUGAUAUAGCUUGGGGGCAACGAAGUCGUGUGGUAUUGGAUGUUGGGUGUGGUGUGGCCAGUUUUGGAGGCUAUCUAUUUGAAAAAGACGUUCUUACCCUGUCAUUUGCGCCCAAGGACGAGCAUGAAGCGCAAGUGCAAUUUGCCCUUGAAAGGGGAAUCCCAGCUAUAUCUGCAGUAAUGGGCACCCAGAGACUGCCAGUUCCUGGCAAGGUCUUUGAUAUUGUUCAUUGUGCUCGUUGCAGGGUCCCCUGGCACAUUGAAGGCGGUAUGCUUCUCUUAGAGCUGAAUCGCGUGCUGCGUCCUGGGGGAUUUUUUGUUUGGUCUGCUACUCCAGUUUACAGGAAGUCAGAGGAGGACCGUGAGAUCUGGAAUGCCAUGACUGAACUGACAAAAUCCAUGUGCUGGGAUCUGAUGCAAGUUAAAAGGGAGAGAGUGAAUGAAAUUGGUGCAGCAGUAUUUAGGAAGCCCUCCUCCAACGUUUGCUAUGAGAGCAGAGCAGAAAAUAAGCCUCCACUCUGCGACGAGAAUCUCGAUCCAAAUGCAGCCUGGAAUGUACCAUUGCAGGCAUGCAUGCACCGACUGCCAGUUGGUGCAGGAGAGCGUGGCUCGCAAUGGCCAGAGCAAUGGCCAGUAAGAUUGGAGAAAACCCCAUAUUGGCUAAAUGAUUCUCAGGUUGGUGUUUAUGGAAAACCAGCUCCCGAGGACUUCACGGUGGAUUCUGAGCACUGGAAAAAUGUUGUGAGCAAAGUAUACCUUAACGGGAUGGGAAUUGACUGGUCUUCAGUGAGGAAUAUCAUGGACAUGAGAGCUGUCUAUGGAGGUUUUGCUGCGGCUCUGAGAGAUUUAAAGGUCUGGGUCAUGAAUAUUGUUCCAGUUAACUCACCGGACACACUUCCCAUUAUUUAUGAGCGGGGUCUGUUUGGGAUGUACCACGACUGGUGUGAAUCCUUCAGUACCUAUCCUAGAUCAUACGACCUUCUCCAUGCAGAUCACCUCUUCUCCAAACUCCAAAAGAGGUGCAACUUAGUGGCUGUGAUUGCAGAAGUCGAUCGGAUACUGAGACCAGAAGGGAAGUUGAUUGUGCGUGACAAAGUGGAAACCAUAGCCGUGGUGGAAAACAUGGUGAGAUCUCUGCGGUGGGAGAUCCGGAUGACUUUCACCAAGAACGAUGAGGGAUUGCUAUGUGUGCAGAAGACCAGGUGGCGCCCGCAAGAGGUGGAGACAGACAGGUAGUCACUGGCUUAGCUAUCGCUGCAUCAUCCCGAUACUGGCACCGAGAUUAGGUUUCUUUGCUGCUUUUCUUCUGGUCUUGUGUAAUCUUUAUUGUCAGCCCUGUUGUAUUUCCACACCUGCCAAUGUAUCAUUUUUCUGUUGCUGCGGGCUUCUUUUCGUCCUUCCCAUCCUCUCUUGUUUUUUAUCCGUUCCUUCUUCAGAAUUUUCUUCAUCUUUUUUGUUUUUUCUUUUUUCAUCUCUUUUCUCUGGGAUGGGAGGAGGCCUGAGUUUUGUUGAUUGUAAAUCAUAUUCUUAGAUUAUAAUGGAAAUCUAGCAAUUCAUCCAA